GACCUUCUUUGCUGUCAUGGUCUACAAGUCAGAACCGGACUUGGAACUCUUCGCAGAUGGCAGCAGCUUGAUGGAUCAGGGGUUGACUCCAUGGGAAACUGGACAAGAUCGCCAUCCAUCUGAAAGCUUGGCAAAGAAGGGAAUCCUGGAGACGCAGAGGGCUCUCACAGCAGAGAAGGGAUCCCCAGGCGGAGCCAGGGUGCCAACGGCUCCAGGCGCAAGUCGGGGAGAAACCCUAAGGACCACCCCCACCCCCAGGGAGUCGCCACCAAGAAAAGGGACACGGAGAAGAGAAGGAGGAUCCUGCCCUGAUCGCCAGAGAGGACCGCUUGCCGCAGAUGCGGCCAGGACAGGCGGGAGGCCGGGCCCGCCUCCCCAAAGCGCCGUCGGCAGAGCCACUGGCGGGGCCCUGGCGGGGCUCCAGUCCCGGCUCUUCAACCACGUGGGCACGCCGGACCUGGCUCUGGGCAAGCUGCGGGCUCCGGGGGAGCGCCUUCCUGCCACUGCCCGCCCGCGGCCUGCAGCCCGCCGCCUCGCAGCGCGCCUGGCUCGCCUGGCAGCUGGCGCAGGCGGGGGCGACCCUGCACCAGGCGGGCCCGGCGCUCGACAGUCUGCUCGCAGCCCUCCCUGCUGGAGCCUCCGCGGCCAUAGGGGCCGCGCCCCCAGCCUGAGCUCGCUUCCUGGCCCUUCCCGGGGCCACUCACGUCUGUCCCGGAGCCCGUCCAGACUCUGCCCUCUUGACUCCCCGAGCAAGAGUCCGUGGCAGCAGUUCGCACACCCAGGCGACGAGCUCCCUCCCACCGCGCGACACUAUCCACCUGUCCGGGAAACGGUCUUGGGCACGGACCGGACCUCCCUUCCUACAGGAUCCCCCUUCAGGCAAAGGGCUCCUCCUUUCCAGAAGACAGCCCCGUGAAGAUGAGCGCUCAGAGCAAAUCCCUUCUUUUUCUCCAGGGGCUCUGAUUGAUGCGGGGUCGGUGAGCCAAGGAGUCAAAAGAAAGAUUUCU